AUGCUGGACAUUCUCGUCGACGUCGUCACCUCAACGUUAGCCGACGGAGGAGUCAACCUCACCGAUUUUAGGGUAAGUGGCUUUCCGGAUUCCUCCUUCCACUUCUUAUUCUUCGUUCUUCAGCAUUGUUUCCUGUGGGCUUUGAUCGUCGGAAUAUGUCUCGCUUUCCUGCUCGGAUUCGGAAUGGGCGCCAACGACGUCUCGAACGCGUUCGGAACUUCGGUCGGCUCGGGCGCUCUCACUCUCCUUCAGGCCUAUCUUCUCGCGACGAUAUUUGAGACUCUCGGCUCGGUGUUGGUUGGAUAUAACGUGAUAGACACGAUGCGGAAGGGCGUCGUCGACGUGGCAGUCUACAACAAUUCGGCCGGAGACUUCAUGAUCGGACAGGUUGCAACGCUGGGAGGAUGUGCCACAUGGCUCAUGAUCGCCACGUUCCUCCAUCUUCCUGUUUCGACGACGCACGCCGUCGUGGGCGCCACUCUCGGAUUCUCGAUCGCCUGCAAAGGAUUCCAGGGAAUCCAGUGGAUGAUGGUCGUUAACAUCGUCGCCUCGUGGUUCAUUUCUCCGAUCUUCGCCGGAUGCAUCUCACUUCUCCUCUAUCUGCUCGUCGAUCAUGUCAUUCUGAGAACGGUAUACCCAUCUCCUCCGUUCCCUUCCCUCUCCAAUGUAUUCGUUUCCAGAAGAACCCAAUCGCCAACGGUCUCAUGUGGCUUCCGAUUUUCUAUUUCGCGUGCAUCACAUUCAACAUGUUCAUGAUCUCCUACCAAGGAUCCAAAGUGCUCCAUUUGUCGUCGGUCCCUCUCUGGGUCGCCCUUCUCAUCAGUUUCGGCGCUGGAACCAUUGCCGCUUUAGUCUGUCACUUCUUGAUGGUCCCGAGGAUUCGAAGAUUCGUCACUUCAGCUGGGAAGGAAGCAGAAACAGAAGCAGAAACCCGUGGCUCGCAGACAUCUUCUGUUGUGAUCUCUGUCGUGGAAGAUCCGGAGUUGGAUAAAGUGACAAUCAGAAGUGGAACGACGACUUCCACCUACAGCACGGUCUCUCCGCCAUCUCCUCCGGCUCCCCAAGGAAGUCAGUUUCACGUUUGUUCAUUUGAGUAACAUUCACAAUAUCAUUUCCAGAAGUCCGCAAAUUCUUCACAUGGCUACUGCCCGACAAGACUCGUAAGGAGAGUCCGGAUACGCUGAAAAUGUUUAGUUCGGUGCAGACUCUGACUGCCUGCUUUGCCGGUUUUGCUCACGGAGCCAACGACGUCUGGUAAGUACUGUAGCCGGAACCAAGAGACCAUUUCUUAUCACCUAUCUUCCCUUUCAUUCGCUUUUCGUAAUUUAUUUCCUCUUAUCAGCCGCGUCGAUCAAGAGCAGUACGGAAUUCCGAACCGAACAGAACCGGAAUGAAAGUGAAUGUGUGCAGCCUAGAGAAUAGAAAAAUGAGCUUCAUCUCCACUCUCAUUUAUUUUCAGCAAUGCUAUCGCGCCGCUCGUCGCGCUCAUCGCCGUCUACCGUGAUUUCGACGUGUAUCAGAAGAAGGAUACUCCGAUCUAUGUGCUGCUCUACGGAGUGCUCGCAAUCUGCGUCGGCCUCUGGUGUCUCGGUCACAAGGUACUCUUGGGGAGGUAUAAGCCGUUAAUCGGCUUGCCUCACCAGUCGGCGAUUCCGGAGAGUGACCGGUGAAUUGCAGGUCAUCCGAACCGUCGGCACGAAAAUGAGCGAAGUGAAUCCGGCGUCCGGCUUCUGCAUUGAAUUCGGAGCCGCCGUCACCGCGCUGCUCGCCUCUAAACUGGGACUUCCGAUCUCCACGACGCACUGUCUAGUGGGCGCCGUCGUCACAGUCGGAAGUGUCAAAUCCGGCAAAUCGAUCGACUGGAGCCUCUUCCGAAACGUCGCCUUCUCCUGGGCCAUCACACUCCCGGUGGCCGGAGGAUUCGCAGCCCUCUACAUGUGGCUACUCCACUUCACCAUUCCCACUCGCUACCGGUAA